ACUACAUGGUAGUACUUCUAUAUACCUCCGUCAGUUGGUCGAAAAAUGUUCGCGUUACGUGUUGCCGCUAAAGCUGAUAAGAAUUUGCUGCCAAUAUUGGGGCAAUUGUCUCGCGGUCAUGCUGCCAAAGCUGCUGUUAAGGCGGCCGCUGGAGGAAAUGGAAAAAUUGUGGCCGUCAUUGGUGCCGUCGUUGAUGUGCAGUUCGACGACAAUCUGCCACCAAUUCUGAACGCUUUGGAAGUUGAUAACCGUUCGCCACGCUUGGUAUUGGAAGUGGCCCAGCACUUGGGCGAGAAUACCGUGCGUACUAUCGCUAUGGACGGUACUGAGGGCUUGAUUCGUGGGCAGAAGGUUCUUGAUACUGGCUAUCCAAUUCGUAUUCCAGUUGGAGCAGAGACGCUGGGCCGCAUCAUUAACGUCAUUGGUGAACCCAUUGAUGAGCGCGGUCCGAUCCCAACCGAUAAGACCGCUGCUAUUCACGCCGAAGCUCCUGAGUUUGUGGAGAUGUCGGUCGAGCAGGAGAUCCUAGUAACUGGAAUUAAAGUUGUCGAUCUCUUGGCCCCCUAUGCCAAGGGUGGUAAAAUCGGCCUAUUCGGUGGCGCUGGAGUCGGAAAAACUGUCCUCAUUAUGGAGUUGAUUAACAACGUAGCCAAGGCUCAUGGUGGCUACUCUGUGUUUGCUGGCGUUGGAGAGCGCACACGUGAAGGCAAUGAUCUAUACAAUGAGAUGAUCGAGUCUGGCGUCAUCUCGCUCAAGGACAAGACGUCGAAGGUGGCUCUUGUCUAUGGGCAAAUGAAUGAGCCCCCUGGCGCCCGUGCCCGUGUUGCUUUGACUGGUUUGACUGUUGCCGAAUAUUUCCGUGAUCAGGAGGGACAGGAUGUGUUGCUCUUUAUCGACAACAUUUUCCGCUUCACUCAGGCUGGCUCCGAGGUAUCCGCCCUUUUGGGUCGCAUUCCGUCGGCUGUCGGCUAUCAGCCCACUUUGGCCACUGACAUGGGUUCUAUGCAGGAGCGUAUUACCACAACGAAGAAGGGUUCCAUCACUUCGGUGCAGGCCAUUUAUGUGCCAGCUGAUGAUUUGACCGAUCCGGCUCCAGCCACAACUUUCGCUCAUUUGGACGCCACCACCGUGUUGUCGCGUGCCAUAGCUGAAUUGGGCAUUUACCCAGCUGUCGAUCCAUUGGAUUCUACUUCACGUAUCAUGGAUCCGAACAUCAUUGGCCAGGAGCACUACAAUGUUGCUCGUGGCGUGCAGAAAAUCUUGCAAGACUACAAAUCUCUUCAGGAUAUCAUUGCCAUUUUGGGCAUGGAUGAAUUGUCUGAGGAGGACAAAUUGACGGUUGCGCGCGCACGCAAGAUUCAGCGUUUCUUGUCACAGCCAUUCCAAGUCGCUGAGGUCUUCACAGGACACGCCGGCAAACUAGUCCCAUUGGAGCAAACCAUCAAGGGCUUUUCUCAAAUUUUGGCUGGCGAAUACGAUCAUUUGCCAGAGGUUGCGUUUUACAUGGUUGGUCCCAUUGAGGAAGUUGUUGAGAAGGCCGAUCGCCUCGCCAAGGAAGCCGCCUAAGCGCUGUGGACCCCAAUUACAUUAAACGGUUCUUGCUAAUCAAAUAAUAAUAUUCAAUUGAAUUAAGCAUUAAAGAUGUCAGAGACAGUUUAAACCAAUAAAUCGUAACUUAACAACACGA